AUGGGACAGGGGACCCCAGUGGUCCUGAGCCAGGAUAUUCUUGAACAGUCAAGGCCAAAUUCCAGUUGCAGCAACAGGUUUUGGCUCUCAGGGCCUAGCCCCGCUCCCCAGCUGUCACAGCUCAAACAGAAGCGGCAAGAAGUACCCAUAAUGUUCCCCAUAGGCUACGCUGACGAACAUACUCUGCACUGGAAUUCCUGCCUGGAAGCAGGAGGAUGA